AAUGCUACUCUAAAUUUUCUCUGGUAUAAAAGACUCAUUCUGUUUCUUGUUAUCAAAUUCAUCCAUCAUAUAGAAAUUUAUAUUGUAAUUUUUGUUUUGUUAUCAACGACGACAAUGGCUUCAGAGCAAGCGAGAAGAGAGAAUGUUACUGAUGAAAGGAAAAUCCAGCUUGAGAAAGAUAAAGUUCAUAAAAUUGCUAGUCAUUUCGAGUCCCUAGCUGAUAAAGUUCAUGAGGAGGAUACAUCAACUUCUCCUCCUGAUGUUGUUCAUGUCAAGACUACUGUUACUGGUACUGUUCCUCAUCCAUCGGAGAAACAACGAUCAUCUGAUAUAAUCGAUAAAACUCAAGGGAGUAAGCAACAGGUCUUCCAAGAGAAACCAGAAGGUGUUAAAUUUGGAGUUCAGGGCCAAGAACACGAAGAUUCCGUUAUGAACAGAGGAAAACAGAGCGAAGGCGGUGCUGAAGAGACGAAAAGUGGUCCGUCUUUGGAGGAAAUUUCUCAGUACAGAGCAACGGCACAGCAGAAAUCGAUGAACGCGAUAAGGGGUGCUGAAGAGCGAUAUGAAAAGGCGAAGGGAAUGGGUGGUUCGACAUUGCAGAAUGUUAAAGAAUCUACAACUCAUGGAAUUGCUGCUGCGGCAGCAGAAAAGGGUGCACAAGCUAAAGACACCAUUACUCAGGGCCUUCAAAAGGGAACUCAGUAUAUUGCUGAAAAAACUGGAGCUGCUAAAGACGUCGCUGUCGAAAAAGGCCAACAAGCUUAUGCUGCAACUAAGGAUACCCUUUCGGGUGCCGGACAAACUGCAGCUGAAUCAGCUCAACAAGCUAAAGAUUACACAAUGCAAAAAACAGGGGAAGCUAAAGACACCCUUUCGGGUGCCGGACAAACUGCAGCUGAAUCAGCACAACAGGCUAAAGAUUACACUAUGCAAAAAACAGGGGAUACUAAAGAUUACACAAUGCAAAAAACAGGGGAGGCGAAAGAUUAUGUUGCUGAAAAAACAGGGGAAAUUAAAGAACAGAGCAAAGGUGCAGCGAGUUAUGUAGGCGAAAAGGCAGCACAAGUUAAAGAUGUUACAUUAGAAACAGGAAAAGGCGCGGUAGGAUACGCAGGGAAAGUAGCUGAAACAGUGAAGGACAAAACGGUUGUAGCUGGAUGGGGAGUUGCACAUUUCACUGCUGAAAAAGCUGCAGAUGCAACUAAAGCUAUAGCUGGUGUUACUUCUACCGUCGCAGGGUACGCCGGAGGAACGACAGUGGCCGCAAAGGAUUUGGUGGUUGAUGCUGGAAAGAAAACAGUGGGAUUUGCAGAGGAUACGUUGGCUGCUGCCAAGGAUUUUGUAGUUUCAGCUGAAGAAAGUGCAGCAGAGUAUGCAGCUAGGAAAAAAGCAGAAGCAGAGAGAGAAUUAGAAGCUAAGAAGUUACAAGAAGACACCAAGGGAGAAAACAGAGGAGGACCGAAGAUUGAUGAAAAAAAGCGUGGAUUCAAAUCCAAAGAGGAAACCGAAGAAUCUUACUUGGAGGAACACGGAGGAGGGGAUAAAGAAAGCAGCAAGCCGGUGGAAGGUGCAGCGGUGGUGUUGCAAGCCAUUGGCGAAACUAUAGUUGAGAUUGGGAAAACAACUACUGAACUUGUUGCAGGUCGCCCUCGAGAUGAACCAGUUGAGGGAAUUGAGGAAGAGUCUACUACUACCACAAUGAAGAAAACUUGAAAUGGACCUACAUCGUUUCGUUUUGGUUUUGGUUUUGAUUUUGGUUUUCGAUUUUCUAGUUCUAUAGACUAUUGAAUAAUAAUUAGUCGCAAAUCGUGUAGAAACUGUGUUCUCUAGGUUUGUUUUUGUGUUAAUAAUAGUGACUUGUACUUUUGGUGCGUCGCAUUAAAGCCUUGACGAUGUAUCGUUUCUUCUCUAUGAUUAUAUUUUCUAAUUUCUAUUUAGUUGUUCACUUUAAAAGUAAA